CCUACACUCCUGAGAGAAUGUUUCUUCAAGAACAAAAGUCCUUCAGCUUUACAAGCAAAGUAUAAAGGUUGCUAUUAACAAUAUAUAAAUGGAAUGUUUUAUUCAAGUUUUUUUAAUGGUGUCAUAAUCUUAUGAUGUCUUAUAUUGUUAAUGUCAUACUUUUACAUAAUAAACUUGAUUAAUUUAAAGCUAUACACUCGGAUUAAUUGCCUGUCAUACUCAUGCUCACGUGCUCCUGAUUUGCUUAAAGCAGUUCAGCAAGUGUGAGGUUGGGCAGAAUUUGGAGUGGAUUUUGAUUUUCAUCAUACAUUAUGGAGUAUAUGUAUAUUAAGUCAUUUGUGAUGCAGAUGCAGUGUGCAAAUCAUCUUUCAGUUGCUUCCUUUAGGGGUUGCUCCGUCUCACCCUACCCCUCGUUUCCUCCUCUGUCACACGAACCCUCUGCAUGGCCUUGAUUAUUACCUCCUUGAACCUUCUAUGUGGUCUUCCUCGUUUCUUCCUGUCUGGCAGCUCUGGAUUCAGCAUCCUUUGUCCAAUAUAUUCCACAAUCUCUCCACUGUGCAUGUCCAGACAAUCUCAGACGUGCUUCUCUAACUUUGUCUCCUUCAUGCUCAACCUGAGCCAUCCCUCUGAUAUAUUAAUUUCUUUUCCUGUACAUAAAAUACACACUGUAAUUACAUAAUUAAGCAUUUAAAGUCUUCAAAGUUCAGUUGAGAUUCAUUCAGAAUCCCUCCCCAGAAACAGACAUGCACAAGAAUGUAAAUGAGAGCAAUUAUUUCAAUAGGGGAACACCAAACUUUUAGUAUUGUUGUAAUGCAAGUAUUACAGCAAUGUACAGGUGUGCUGAGUUGGCAGCGAUGGAGCAAAACGCUUGCAAGGUACAAGUAAUGCAGUAAAAAACAUUUGAAAAGAACAGCACUGCUUCUUCCAGUCCGCUGGGUGGCAGCAUAGUGCUAUCCUGCUAGUGCAACGUCGGCUCAGAGAAGAAGCGUUUGUGUUUUAGUAAGCUGAAUUUUGACUUUCAGGCAGAACUCUUUUUAAAGUCUUAAUUAAAUUUUGUAUUUUUGAUAUUGGACUGGCAGUCAUGGUUAUAGUUUCACCGAUUUUUACACUUUUAAACGUUAUUUGGGGAUAUUUAUUGUCUUGGUUGAGUUUCUCUUGUGGUUUUAUACAACUGGAAUGACUUAAGUGCUGCCUGAAAAACUCAGUUCGGAGAAUAAAGUGCCCCGGUUUGCCUUUCGGCCAGCCUUCAAAUUUUCCCCGCCUUCAUCCUAAAUGCUUUCCUGCUUUACCGUCUAACUUGACGUGAAUAUGGCGGCAAAGGAGACUGUAAACAGUUACCAAGUGAGCGUUGAAUCUGUCGUGAACGGCUGGCUAGUGGAUUAUUACUUCUUUUUGGCGGUAGAGUUCUUUAAAAAUGAACAAUACGAGGAUUUCUGUGCCAUUAUAGAUAUACUCGACUGUAUUAUGGCGCGCCCUUUGGAGUCCACGGAUGACAUCGCAAUGAAAUUUCGAGUGUUGCAGUUUAUCUCCCGGAUAAAUGAGGGUGAAAACCUUGGUGUUUCAUUUGAAAUGGACGUGCCAUCAACUCCUCUGGAAUCAGCCUUAAUGUUACUGGAAAAAAUAAGCCAGGAAUUCAGUAUCCCACAGCAGGAGUAUGAAAAGGUGUCCUCUUCUCUUAAAGAUAUGAUUGUGGGGAUUUUCAUCAAAAACAGUAAGUUUGAGAAAGCAGAAGAGGUGCUGAUGAAACACUUUCCUCCCAAAAAUAUUGGAAAGAGAGCAACAUUCAUGGGUCUCAUCAGGAAAAAGAAUAAGAUUCAUGAAGUCAUUGAGCAAAUCAACUUUCAGCACUUCAAGGAGGAGAUGCUUGCGUUUUGCCUGAGGAUCUGCCACUUCAGCCUUCCUCUUCUUCAUAAGGCUGCAAAACAUCUCAUUGAUAAAACCCCUGUGGAUCAAGACAGCACAGCAACUGAAAGUGAUGAACAAGCUGAACCUCAGCCAUGCUCUAGUUCACAAAUAGCCACUGUCCAGUUUGUACCAUGUACACAUUCACUUAUCCCGAAGACCAGCCUAGAAGCGGCCUACAAAUCCCUGGCCACAGGUUUAAAUAAAAAAACAUUUGCUCAGUUGGAGGAAGAAGUAGACAGAGAGGAGCUGGAAAGAGAAAAUUUUUGCGAACAGCUUUCCAUGACAUCAGAGAGGUGCACAAGUGUGGACUUGGAGGAACUGUUAUUUCAGAGAGACUCAGGAGGCCCUAUGGAAGCUGCCCCAGCAGACCAACCAACACAAGCAAAUGCCAUUCCUCCAAUUUGGGCAGAUUUACACUUUAAGAAUCCGAUUGUGCUGUGUAAAAGAGAGAACUACACUGUGUCUCGGCUGGUGGUGGAACCAGACAGUCAGGCAAGUUCACGCUGCACAACCGCUUUAGAGGAACUGGAACCUGAGGUCAGAAGGAAAAAAACACCACAGACACUGUCUGCAUCUAAUGAAAAAGACCGUCAGUGUCGGGGAACAGACAAAAAAGGUGCCACACCCACCCAAAAGAGCCGCAUUCAAGCCAACAGAACUCGCACCAGGAAUCAGGAUAAUAUGGACGUCAGCCGUACCACAUCCUCUUCAGUGGAGAGCUCACCAAGUGAGUCACCUUCUCAUCCUGUCCGACAAACAACCUCCACUCCUCACAAGGACUCUGGUCAAAAGAAAAGUCCUCGUCUUUUAAAAUGGAAGCGACUGUACCAUGAUGCACAGGAGAGCAAGGGCGACGGAGAGUCGUAUGUUACCCCUAACAAGAGCGGCUCAGACAUGAGCACCAUUUCAAAUUCAGGCCAAAGGAAAAGGAAAUGGACAGAGAGUGAGACGCAGAAGUUAAAAGACGGGGUCAAAAAAUUUGGAGAGGGCAACUGGUGUAAGAUAAAGGAACACUACGGCUUCAAAGAUCGAACAAAUGUCAACCUGAAGGACAGGUGGAGAACAAUGAAGAAGUCAAAUAUCGUCUGACUCACCAAUGUCAUUUUUUAUCCCAUCUCCAUUUAUUUAUUUUUGUUUCUUAAGCAAGUUAUUGAUAAUUUUAAAAAUUAGUUUAUAGAUUUGGUAAAUGUUCAGUGUUCACGGCUCAAAGAUUGUUUUGUUUUGAGGAAGGGAUAAAAUGUUACUGUAAGAAUAAAAAUCUUUGAUAGUCUCUUUUUGUCUGCAUCUUUAUGUUAAUGUGUUCUCAUUUGUGUUUCACGGGGUCCUAGAGGAUUACAUGACAUGACUCACACGUCCCUUUAGUGAACAAGGACAAAAUCCAAGGUCCAAGAUUCCAGAAGUGACACUGCAAAAUAAAACAUGUUUCCUUUUCUCCACUUCUCCAA